AUGCCACCCAAUUCAGGUGUGAGACAAAGAAACAGCCUAAAUGAUAUCAAAUCACUUCGAGCUCAAUACAGACAAGCAUUGCCUUCCUUAACUGAACUAUUUCCAGAUUGGAGUCAUAAUGAUUUGCUGUUUGUAAUGGACGAAUGCCAAGGCGAUUUGGAUCUUGCCAUCACACGUAUUUCAGAAGGCCAUGCAAAUCAAUGGGGUCAAGUCAAGUCGAAGAAACCAAAGCCCAAGCCAUCAUCAGCACAGUUGAAUCAUAAAAAGUCAAAUCAUAAAUCAUCAUCCAACAACACCACUCCAACAUCAACAGCAAAUGCUUUGGCCGAUGGUAAAGCGCUUGGAAAUAACAGCAAAUCCAAGAACAAUGGAAAGCAUCAUAAAUCAAAGAGAAAUAACAGCAAAAAAGACAAGGUCGAAAAGGAAGUUGUGGAGAAAGAAGAGGAUGAGGAGGAAAAAAAGCCUUCGUGGGCAAGCAUUGCAAAAGGGCCAACAAAACCUGAAGUAAUGGUUCAACCCAUGGAGGAUUCGCCUUCUGAGGCCCCACCCAUCUUAACGGCACGAGAAGAAAAAAAGGUAGAAGUUGAUAAUACAAUGGUCAAACAACUAGUAGAUCAUAUUCAGGAGGAAGUAGUCGAGCAAGUAUUGGAACAAAUUACAGACAAAGCAAUCGAACAGGCAGUGGAUCAGUUGAAUACACAUGAGCCAGAAACUUUAGCAGCGAUUGUUGAGGAAGAGCCUAACGCAGAGCCAGUGGUAAUUGCAGAGCCAGUGGUACUUGCAGAGCCAGUGGUGGUAUCAAAUACAACUACUACUACUACUACUACUAUCCGAAAGCCUACUAUCAGACGAUUGAAACAGACAGAGCCAGUGAUUUUGCCCAACAAUCAACAAGCAGACUUACCAUCUGUCAAUGUGCAAUUUGGUAGUCUAAAUUUAGCGAAUGGAGAAGAGAUGAGUAGAGAUGAGAACGAAGAGGCCGUGGAAGAAACAGCCAUUAUCGAAAAUAUUGCCAAACAAGCACCGCAACCGCUGGAAGAGAUUACUGUGGAUGUAACACCUUCCCCAUCACCAGCACCUACCAUAGCACAAAUUUCGGAGCAAGCUAAACCCAAAGAAACACCAAUCGUAGCUACUGCUGCUACUGCUGCUACAAAUACAACAACAUCAUCAGUAGUGUCUAAUGGCUUGGCGUCUUUUCAUAAUAUUGAUAAGCCUCUUCCUGAACCAUUCCAUCCUCAACAACAACCUGCACACAUUCAGCCACAGCAACAACAAGCUGUUCAGCCUCAACCUACCCAACCACAUGUAUAUACCGAACCUUAUUCCAUGAAUCCAUAUGCAACCUACGUUGCUAAUAUACAUAAUUCGGUCGCAGGAUACUCUGGCGGUAUACCGCCAGACUACUACAGUGCUGAUCCCCAGAGAAUGGCUUAUUAUGACACUUCUUUUUAUGGUCAUUCUCCUCUAAUGAAUGGUGGUGCAAAUGGACAUUUAUUUGCUCGUGAUAGAUACAAUACAUUACCACCACAUCCACCAAUGGAAAUGAUGAACCAAACACCUCCUCCUCCUCCUCCACAUUUAGCACAGCAAUAUCCUCACCCACACUCUCAUCCAGCACAUCAUGCUCCUCCUCCUCCACCACCCGUACCACAAGCUCAAAACCAUGGAUAUUAUCCAUUAUCCUACCAGCAACAACAGCAACAGCAACAAACACAACCUCCACCUCAACAGCCUUAUGUAAAUAAAUCAAUGUACAAUGCUGCUAUACCCAUCAAUAAAUACGACUAUAGUGCUUAUGAAGACUAUUAUCAUCAACAGCAACAGCUACAGCAACAACAACAACAACAACAACAAAAUCACGACAUAAUGUACACUAGCAACAAUCAUCCAGCACCUUCUGCUCCUCGAGCUCACCCUCCAUUCCAGCAACUGUACCAACCACAACAACCACAACCCCCUCGACAACCCUACUGGCAUUAG